AUGGUUGAUGACUGGGUGAUUAAAACUAUGUAUGCAACGAAACGGCGCAGAAAAAAUCCUAAAAGUAAUAAACCAACAUGUUCAGCUGUAAUUCAACCAGAUCAUAAUGUGAAAUCUAAUCCAAGUAAAAGGCAUCGUGAACGUUUAAAUUCAGAAUUAGAACAUUUAGCAAGUCUAUUACCAUUUGAACAAAAUGUUAUUGUGAAAUUGGAUAAAUUAUCUAUUCUACGAUUGGCUGUCUCUUAUCUUCGCAUUAAGUGUUACUUCCAUGGCAAGUAUCCUUCAUAUACUCUCCUUUCUUUUGUUUUAUUUUUAACACAAUAA